AUGUCUUCCUCAGGAUUGAUUGCUGCGAGAAAGAGAUUGGAAAAUGCCAUAAAGAAGUACGAUAUACCAACUGAAUCUGAGCCAACACCUGCUGAUAAAUGCAAAGAUGGUGUUUUGUUGCUAUCAUUACUGCAAUCUCGACUCAAUUGGACCAAUGCAGUGUUUGCACGAUACAAGACAGAUCCUGUGCAGCAGCCAAAAAGAACCAGCAAUACACGUAGAAAGUGGCCUAAUAUGAAGUAUUUGGGCACUUGCACUUUGCAGUUGGGUGCACAUCUCUACGAGAACACCAACUUUUAUGAAGCGACUAGAACAGAUUCUUGGAAAGACAUUGCCAUCAAGCAAGGGCUCAUGCAACCUCCACCACCUCCUCCUCCGCCACCACCUACUCCAGCACCACCUGCUCCACAAGUGAAUCCAGAAAACAAACCAGAUGUCGUAAUGCAAGAUGCUACACCACAACCUGAAAGCAAACCUGAUGUGGUUAUGGAGGAAGCAGAGAAGGAUGCAGUCGUGCAAGAUGAAGAGAAGAAGGACGCUGUAAUGGAGGAAAUUGUUGAUAAUCAAGAACCAGAAGCCAGUAAACCGCCAGUGGCUGUGUCUGAGCAGAGCACCGCUUCCACUACUGAAGCCGAGGCAGAGAAGCCUCAAAAACAACCACAGACACCAUCUGAAUCAAACACUGAAGAUAAGACGCAGGCAGCAACAGCAGUAGUCAGCGCCGAUACACCAGCGACUACAGACGAUAUAUCAAAAGAGCCAGAAGGCACAGUGACCAAUAUUGAUCCACAAGCAAGCACAUCUUCAGCACCACAGCAACCGAGUGCAGCUGAAAGCAAGCAGCCAGAGACACAACCAGAAGAGAUCCCCGAUGAGAAACUGACAUUUGUAGAUAUUGUAUUUGAAUUAAAAGAGUUUCCCAACGAGCGAUUUAUCUUUCCUAAAGAUGCUAUCAUACAAUCCACAUUGACAGGACCAAAUCCAGACGAUUGCUUUAUUAUCGCAUCUUUUGUGCUGCCACUGGAUAUGUCGCAAACAGACGAGUUCUUUCAAAAGCCCAAGGAAAAGAUCCUCAAGUACGGCGAGAUGUGUCAACUACCUUGCAUCAGCGAAUACUACAGAGAAAACACUGUCAGAGAAAGUCGAGCUGCCGAUCCACCGUUACCACUGGAUUCAUAUCAACCCGUCAAUAUCCGCAUGACGAAUACCAAAUUAUCAGCUGCUGAUGCGCUUAAAGCAUAUGUACAUAAACCUGAAGUAGUGCGAAAGAGUAUGAAGGACAAGAUGAAGUAUUUUCCCAAACGAACUUACUUGAAAUUUGACGUAUCCGAAGACGAAACCCGUAAACACGAGAUUCGAGAACUGAUCAAGAGAGCUUCUGUCGCACCUGAUAUCUCUACUGGACCUGUGCAAGCUGAAAAGAAGAGAAAUGAAAUUCUCAAUGCGAUUCGUCUGGGCAAGCGAGAACGAGAUGAAAAGUUUGAAUCAGAAUUGCCAAAGAACAAGAUGAAUGCAAGAGACGAUGGCUUCAUGAAAUGUGCCUACUGUAGUACCAAGCAGACAUCCAUGUGGAGAUCGGGCCCCAAUGGACAUGGCACUUUAUGUAACAGUUGUGGUCUGCAAUGGCGACAAGGCGAAAUCCUGGUGGGUGCUCCUGUCAUCAGUCCUGAAGAAGAGAAGCGACUCUUGAAGGAAAAGAGAGAAAGAGACAAGAUUACAGAGGCUUUGGAACUGGAAAGAGCCGAGAAAGAAGAAGAAAAGCUCAAAAAGAAGGCAGAGCGUCAAGGUGGAAGUCAUCAUCAUCACGACAUUUCGUAUACAAGCGGUACUUUUGCCGCUCAACUUUUACAACAGAGAAGCCGUCAAAGACAAGCGAAUAUACCCCCAGCACCUGCUCCUCCUGUUCCUACGAUCGCUGCUCCUCCUGUUCUCAACAAUGCCAUAGGCGCGCCUGUUCCUGCAACUGCUACCCCGCCCGUUGCUGCUGUUGCUGCUGCUGUUGCUGUUCCGCCACCUUCCGUUGCUGCUCCAGUAGGUACUAUGCCAGUGGCAAAUCCAGCAUCUCCUGCCGUUGUACAGCAACCCACGGAAACCACCAAAAAGGCGCCCAGAGCUAGAAAGUCCAAGGCAGAGGCAUCUGCCGCCAAGAAAUCCAUUGCAUCUGCUCCUCCUGCUUCUGUCCCUGCUACUACAACGACAUCAACGUCAGCAGCAGUAGCAGCGACGCCUCAGCAAGCGAUCCAAACACAACCUCAAGCACAACCACAGCAGACACAAGCACAAGCGCCCGUUCAGACCCAACAGCAGCCGGCACCUGUCCCCUUGUCGUUAUACAAUCCAGCAGGCAUCCCAUUACCUACGCUAUCCAUCGACUUUGCUGGUCAUCUACAAUUUGCACACCCCAAUUGUGGCAUCACACUGCUGGAUCGUGAUUUCUCUGUACGUCUAUGCAAAGACGGAUGCGAACAAACCACUGUCAAAUUUGAAAAGAAGGAUCUGACCAAUGCCGUAUUUGAAGUGGUGACUGAAGGCGAAGCAGCGUUGAAACGCGAAGUGCUCAAGAUGAAGAUUGUGCCUGCUACUGUCAAGAAGAUUACUGCGUUUGGAAAGACCAUGAAAAUUGAUAAAAAGAAUGGCGUGCAUAUUAGAUUUCUAGAAAAGCUGGAUCCCAGCGGCGGUGCUGUCGUGCAGAGGAUCUUACAAAGAUGGCUUGUUACAGAACCCCAACAAUAA